AUUUGCUCGAGAGACACCGACAAGAAAUAGUUUUUACGAGGCUGCUGAAAAAAGAGCAAGAUGUGGCUUUCUCUUGUGAAAGUGGCUGUAUGUGUCUUCGCCAUAAUACACGCAGCAUCGCCUUUGACUAUCAUUCCUAGAUCCCCUACCACUACCGGUACUCCCUCUACCCCUCCAAUUACCUCUAUCCCUCCAAGUUCCUCUACCACUCCAAGUUCCUCUACCACUCCAAGUUCCUCUACCACUCCAAAGCGAUACUGCUGUAGCGAAGCGCCUUGCGGAGGGGUGUGUGUGAGAGGGUACUGUAAGUACCCAUACAAACAAUUGAGUUCAUCAAAAUGCACAUGCCCUUCAGGGAUGAGAUGCUGCAAGAGUACAACGACUCGCCACCCAUGUGAAAAAUGCAACAGCAAGUAUAAAUGUGUGCCGAAACGUGUAUACUGUGCAUCUCCCGUUUCAAGAAAAGGUUGUACUUGUCCUAAAGAGAAGAAGUGUUGCAAAGGCCCGUUCUGUUUUGAAUGCGGUGGACGAUGCAAGAAAGGAAAAUGCAAAGCUCCCUUCUACCCGAUCUUUAACUCCAAGUGUCCAUGCCCCAGGGGAAUGUCAUGUUGCAAACGGGCUAGAUGUGGCAGCAAAAGUUGCCCAUAUGCGAGAUGUGUCUCGGUCGGGGCAUUUUGCCCAAAGGUAAUUCGUGGCAGAAGAUGUUCAUGUCCGCCUUUCAUGAAGUGCUGUCGAUACACAUGUACGCUAGCUGGAUGCAGAGGAAAAUGUGUGAAGGGCCGCAAAUGUCCCAAAGGGUCCAGGCUGAUAAAGUCAAGGUUCUGCACUUGUCCGAAAGGCUAUUCCUGCUGCACCCGCAUAUGUCCAUACCUAACUACAACACGCGUCACAUGCAGACGCCUUGGAGGAUGGGUGAUACCCGGCAGAGGCGUACCUCCACUUAUUUGCUGCAGACCCCCAACAUGUGCGAGAAACUGUAGAGCACAAAAGGCACGAUGUGCACUCAGCCGGACAUGCAAGUUCAAAAUAAAAUCGUCGAAAUGCCUCUGCCGGCCCGGCCUGGUAUGCUGCAGGUACACCUGUGAGCUAGCUAGAUGCAGAGGUAAAUGUGUGAGGGGCUCCCGAUGUCCUAAAGGGUUUAGGAAACUAAGCUCGAAGACAUGCACUUGUCCGGUAGGCUAUUCAUGCUGCUGGCGGAAAUGUCCAUACGCAACUAGAACUUAUCGCAGUUGCAUACAGCGUGGAGGAUGGGUAAUACCCGCUACAGGUGUCCCGAAAUUACAUGUUUGCUGCCAACUACCAACAUGUGUGAGGAACUGUAAAAGGCAGAAGGCAGGAUGUGCAACCAAGCGGAGUUGCAAAUACAUAAUAAAAAAUGCGAGAUGUCUCUGCCGGCCUAACCUUGUGUGCUGCAUGUACACCUGUGGACUUCGUGCAUGCGGCGGUAAAUGCAUAAGAGGCCGCGGAUGUCCUAAAGGGUGGAGACCGCACCGGAAUACCUGCACUUGCCCGCCCGGCUAUAAAUGUUGCUCACAAAAAGGCAAAUGUCGACACAAACCUAUGAAUCUUUUCAAAUGCAGACGGCUUGGAGGAUGGGUUAUACCCGCGUAUGGAAACCCGAAAGGACUUAUUUGCUGUAAACUCCCAACAUGUGCGAGGAACUGUAAAGCGCUGAAGGCAGGAUGUGCACACAGCCUGACAUGCAAAUACAAAAUAAAAUCGUCGAGAUGCUCUUGCCGACCUGGUCUAGUAUGUUGCAGAUACUCCUGUGAAAUGCGUGGAUGCCGCGGUAAAUGCUACAAGGGCCGAUGUCCUAUAGGGUGGAGAAAGCACCGGUAUACCUGCACUUGCCCGUUCGGCUCUUCCUGCUGCUCGCCUGUUGGCAAAUGUCCACAUCCAACGAGAACAUAUGCCAAUUGCAGACGGCUUGGAGGAUGGGUAAUACCUGCUUCAGGUAACCCGAAAGGACGUAUUUGCUGCAAACUCCCAACAUGUGCAAGAAACUGUAAAGCGCACAAGGCACGAUGUGCCCCAAGCCGGAUGUGCAGAUACCCAAUAAAAUCGCCGAGAUGCUCCUGCCGACCCGGCCUAGUAUGCUGCAAGUACUCCUGUGAGCUUGCUGGAUGCAGAGGUAAAUGCAUUAGAGGCCAAUGUCCUAGAGGGAUGAGACAGCUGAGCGGAAGGACCUGCACUUGUCCGGGAGGCUACUCAUGCUGCUCGCGCAAAUGUCCAUACCUAACUACAACAUAUCACCGUUGCAAACAACUUGGAGGAUGGGUAAUACCAGCCACAGGUAACCCAGUUGGACGUGUUUGCUGCAAACUCCCAACAUGUGCGAGAAACUGUAGAGCAUACAAAGCAGGAUGUGCAACCAUGCGGUCAUGCAUAUACAAAAUUAGAACGGCGAGAUGCUCCUGCCGGCCUGGCCUAGUGUGCUGCAGGUACACUUGUGAGCUGGGUGGAUGCCGAGGUAAAUGCGUACGAGGCCUAUGUCCUCGAGGGAUGAGGCAGCUGAACUCGAGAACCUGCACUUGUCCGUUAGGCUAUUCCUGCUGCUCGCGCAAAUGUCCAUACCCAACUAGAUCAAUUUUGAUGUGCAUACGGCUUGGAGGAUGGCCAAUACCCGCUACAGGUGUCCCGAAAGGACGUGUUUGCUGCAAACUCCCAACAUGCAAAUACAACUGUAAAGUGUACAAGGCACGAUGUGCCCCAAUCCGGAUGUGCAGAUACCCAAUAAAAUCGCCGAGAUGCACCUGCCGGCCCGGCCUAGUAUGCUGCAAAUACACAUGCGAGCUUCGUGGAUGCAAUGGUGAAUGCAUAAGAGGCCGCCGAUGUCCUAAUGGGAGGAGACCGCUUCGGAAUUCCUGCACUUGUCCAGCCGGCUAUUCCUGCUGCAAACGUAUUGGCAAAUGUCCAUACCCGACUAGAACAUAUGCCAUUUGCAAACGGCUUGGAGGAUGGGUAAUACCCGCUUCCGGUAACCCGAAAGGACGUAUAUGCUGCAAACUCCCAACAUGUGCGAGGAACUGUAGAGCGCAGAAGGCACGAUGUGCACUCAAUCGGACAUGCAGAUACCCAAUAAGAUCGCAGAGAUGCUCCUGCCGGCCCGGCCUAGUGUGCUGCCAAUACACCUGUGAGCUUCGUGGAUGCAAUGGUAAAUGCAUAAAAGGCCGCCGAUGUCCUAAUGGGAGGAGACCGCUCCGGAAUUCCUGCACUUGUCCAGCCGGCUAUUCCUGCUGCAAAAUCAUCAAGAAGUGUCCAUAUCGAACAAGGACAUAUUUAAAUUGCAGACGGCUUGGAGGAUGGACAAUACCCGCUUCAGGUGUCCCCCUUGGGCGUGUUUGCUGCAAACUCCCAACAUGUGUGAAAAAUUGUAGAGCGUACAGAGCGCGAUGUACACCAAAGCGGAAUUGCAAGUUCGAAAUAAAAUCGUCUAGAUGUUCCUGCCGGCCCGGCCUAGUAUGCUGCAAGUACACAUGUGAGCUACGCGGAUGCAAAGGUAAAUGCUUUUUUGGCCGCCGAUGUCCUACAGGGAUGAGGCAGCUGAAGCGGACCUGCACAUGUCCAGUAGGCUAUUCCUGCUGCUACCGCAGAUGUCCAUACCCCACUAGAACUUAUGCCAAUUGCAAACGGCUUGGAGGAUGGGUAAUACCUGUUUCAAAUAACCCGAAAGGACGUGUUUGCUGCAAACUACCAACAUGCGCGAGAAACUGUAAAAUUGUCAAGGCGCAAUGUGCAUCAAGGCGAUCGUGCAGAUACCCACUUAUCACCUCAAGAUGCACCUGCCGGCCAGGCCUAGUAUGCUGCAAGUACACAUGUGAGCUAGCCGGAUGCAAAGGUAAAUGCUUGAGGGGCCGAUGUCCUAAAGGGUGGAGACCGCACCGGGGUACCUGCACUUGUCCGCUAGGCUAUUCCUGCUGCUCACGUAUACACAAAUGUCCACACGCAACUUUGCCAAUUUUGGUUUGCUUACGGCUUGGAGGAUGGGUCAUACCAGCGUCAGGUAACCCGAGAGGACGUGUUUGCUGCAAACUCCCAACAUGUGCGAAGAACUGUAGAGCGCAGAAGGCAGGAUGUACACUCAAGCGGUUAUGCAGAUACAAAAUAACCUCGUCGAGAUGCUACUGCCGGGCCGACCUAGUAUGCUGCAAAUACACUUGUGAGCUACGUGGGUGUGGAGGUAGAUGUAUACGAGGCCGCCGAUGUCCUACAGGGAGCAGGCUGAUGAAUAUGAGGUCCUGCACUUGCCCGCUAGGCUACGCCUGCUGCACACGCAUACCCAAAUGUCCAUACCUAACUCGAACAUAUAGCAAUUGCAGACGGCUUGGAGGAUGGGUAAUACCCGCUUCAGGCAACCCGAAAGGACGUGUUUGUUGCAAACUCCCAACAUGUGCAAGAAACUGUAGAGCCCACAAGGCUCGAUGUGCACCCACGCGGAUGUGCAGAUACCCAAUAAGAUCACUGAGAUGCUCCUGCCGGCCGGGCCAAGUAUGCUGCAGAUACACCUGUGAGCUCCGCGGGUGCAAAGGUAAAUGCAUCAGAGGCCGCCGAUGUCCUACAGGGUUGAGACAGCUGAGCCAAAGGACCUGCACUUGUCCGCUAGGCUACUCAUGCUGCCACCGCAACUGUCCAUAUCGAGCUAGGACAUAUAUCAGUUGCCGACUGCUUAGAGGAUGGGUAAUACCCGCUACAAAUAACCCAGCUGGACGUGUUUGCUGCAAACUCCCAACAUGUGCAAGAAACUGUAGAGCUCAGAAGGCGCGAUGUGCACCCAAGCGGACAUGCAGAUACCCAAUAAGAUCACCGAGAUGCUCCUGCCGGCCCGGUCUAGUAUGCUGCAAAUACACAUGUGAACUGCGUGGAUGCAGAGGUAGAUGCAACAGGGGCCGAUGUCCUAAAGGGACGAGACCUGCCCGCAAUACCUGCACUUGUCCAGCCGGCUAUUCCUGCUGCAUACAAAUAAAAAAAUGUCCAUAUCCAACUAUGACAUAUAUCAGAUGCAGACGGCUUGGAGGAUGGGUAAUACCUGCUAAAAGUAACCCGAAAGGACGUGUUUGCUGCAAACUCCCAACAUGCAAAAUAAACUGUAAAGUGUACAAGGCGCGAUGUGUCCGAAGUCGGACGUGCAAAUACCCAAUAAAAUCGCCGAGAUGCACCUGCCGGCCCGGCCUGGUAUGCUGCAGAUACACCUGUGAGCUUUCUGGAUGCAAGGGUAAAUGCAUAAAGGGCGGAUGUCCUAAUGGGAGAAGACCUCUCCAGAAUACCUGCACUUGUCCGGCCGGCUAUUCCUGCUGCUCACGGAAAUGUCCAUACACAACGAGAACAUAUCAUAGUUGUAGACGCCUAGGAGGAUGGGUAAUACCGGCUUCAGGUAACCCGAGAGGACGUGUUUGCUGCAAACUCCCAACAUGUGCAAGAAACUGUAGAGCCAACAAGGCUCGAUGUGCAUCCAGUCGGGCGUGCAGAUACCCAAUAAAAUCGCCGAGAUGUACCUGCCGGCCCGGCCUAGUAUGCUGCAAGUACACUUGUGAGCUACUAGGAUGCAGAGGUAAAUGCGUCAGGGGCCGAUGUCCUAAUUGGAUGAGGCAGCUAAGCCAGAGGACCUGCACUUGUCCGGUCGGUUAUUCCUGCUGCGCGCGCAAAUGUCCAUACCCAACUAGAACAAUUGCCUGGUGCAGACGGAAUAGAGGAUGGGUGAUACCCGCUACAGGUGUCCCGAAAGGACGUGUUUGCUGCAAACUCCCUACAUGUGCGAGGAACUGUAAAGCGCAGAAGGCACGAUGUGUACCCAAGCGGACAUGCAGACACAUAAUAACUUCGUCGAGAUGCUCAUGCCGGCCCGGUCUAGUAUGCUGCAGAUACACAUGUGAGCUAGCUGGAUGCAGAGGUAAAUGCGUAAGGGGCCGCCGCUGUCCUAAAGGGAGUACGUUGAAACGUCGGGCGACCUGCACUUGUCCAAUUGGCCAAUCGUGCUGCACGCGUAUACGCAAAUGUCCAUACCCGACCAGAACAUAUGUCAAUUGCAGAAGGCUUGGAGGAUGGGUAAUACCCGCUAGAGGUAACCCACCUGGACGUGUUUGCUGCAAACUCCCAACUUGUUCCAAGAACUGUAGACUUUACAAGGCAAGGUGUGUACCCAGACGGACAUGCCUAUUCCCAAUAACCACGUCGAGAUGCUCAUGCCGGCCUGGCCUAGUAUGCUGCAAAUACACAUGUGAGCUACGUGGAUGCAAAGGUAAAUGUGUGAGGGGCCGCCGAUGUCCUCCAGGGAGUAAGCUCUUAAAUCGGAAGUCAUGCACUUGUCCGAUAGGUCAUUCUUGCUGCACGCGUAUACCCAAAUGCCCAUACCGGACUAGAACAUAUACCAAUUGCAGACGGCUUGGAGGAUGGGUAAUACCCGCUUCAGGAAACCCGAGAGGACGUGUUUGUUGCAAACUCCCAACAUGUGCGAAGAACUGUAGAGCACAGAAGGCUCGAUGUGAAUACAAGCGGUAUUGCAAAUAUAUAAUACCGACGCCAAGAUGCGCCUGCCGGCCCGGCCUUGUAUGCUGCAGGUUCACAUGUGAGACACGUUCAUGCAAAGGUCAAUGCGUGAAGGGCCGCCGAUGUCCUAAAGGGACCAGGAUGAUCAAUAGGAGGUCAUGCACUUGCCCCAAUAACCAUUCUUGCUGCACUCGUUUACCCAAAUGCCCAUACCGGACUAGAACAUAUGUCAAUUGCAGACGGCUUGGAGGAUGGGUAAUACCCGCUUCAGGGAACCCGAAAGGACGUGUUUGUUGCAAACUCCCAACAUGUGCGAGGAACUGUAGAGCCCAAAAGGCUCAGUGUGCACCCAAGCAUACGUGCAUAUACAAACUAAGGACACCGAGAUGCUCCUGCCGGCCCGGCCUAGUAUGCUGCAAGUACACAUGUGGGCUACGUGGAUGCAAAGGUAAAUGCAUAAAAGGCCGCCGAUGUCCUAAAGGGAGCAGGCCGCUCAACAAGAGAAGGUGCACUUGUCCGAGAGGCUACUUAUGCUGCUCGAUUAUAGCAAAAUGUCCAUACCGAACUAGAACAUAUAUCAAUUGCAGACGGCUUGGAGGAUGGGUGAUACCCGCAUCACAAAACCCGAAAGGACGUAUUUGUUGCAAACUCCCAACAUGUGCGAGGAACUGUAGAGCGCAGAAAGCAAAAUGUGCACCCAAGCUGACAUGCAGAAACAAAAUAUACUCGUCGAGAUGCUCCUGCCGGCGCGGCCUAGUAUGCUGCAAAUACACAUGUGAGCUACGUGGAUGCAGAGGUAUAUGUGUGAGGGGCCGCCGAUGUCCUAAAGGGAGUGAGCUGAAAAAUCAGCGUAGGUGCACUUGUCCGAUAGGCUAUUCCUGCUGCACGCGUAUACCGAAAUGCCCAUACCGGACUAGAACAUAUACCAAUUGCAGACGGCUUGGAGGAUGGGUAAUACCCGCUUCAGGAAACCCGAAAGGACAUGUUUGUUGCAAACUACCAACGUGUGCGAAGAACUGUAGGGCGCUAAAUGCUCGAUGUGUACCCCCGCGGACGUGCAUAUACAAACUGAAGACGUCGAGAUGCACCUGCCGGCCCGGCCUAGUAUGCUGCAAGUACACAUGUGGACUUGCUGGAUGCAGAGGUAAAUGCGUCAGGGGCCGCCGAUGUCCUAAAGGGAGUAGGCUGCUUAACCAGAGAAGGUGCACUUGUCCGACAGGUUCCAUCUGCUGCACACAUAUAAAAAAAUGUCCAUACCCAACUAGAACAUAUGCCAAUUGCAGACGGCUUGGAGGAUGGGUAAUACCCGCUUCAGGCAACCCGAAAGGACGUGUUUGUUGCAAACUCCCAAAAUGUGCGAUUAAAUGUAGAGCGAAGAAGGCACGAUGUGCACCCAAGCGAACCUGCAGAUACCCAAUAAAAUCAGAGAUAUGUUCCUGCCGGCCAGGCCUAGUAUGCUGCAAAUACACAUGUGAGCUAGGUGGAUGCAGAGGAAAAUGUGUAUCAAGGAGGCUUCGAUGUCCUAGAGGCACUACGCUGAAAAAGAAGACGUCUUGCACUUGUCCGAUAGGCUAUUCCUGCUGCACGCGUUUACCCAAAUGUCCAUACCCAACAAUACCAUAUGCCAUUUGCAGACGACUUGGAGGAUGGGUAAUACCCGCUUCAGGUGUCCCCCGUGGGCGUGUUUGCUGCAAACUCCCAACUUGUGCGAGCAACUGUAGAGCCCAAAAGGCACGAUGUGUACCCUGGCGGACAUGCAAACACAAAAUAUCCUCAUCGAGAUGCUCCUGCCGACCUGGCCUAGUGUGCUGCAAGUACACAUGCGAGCUAGCUGGAUGCAGAGGUAAAUGCAUAAGAGGCCGCCGAUGUCCUAAAGGGAGUAGGCCGCUUAUCCAGAGUAGGUGCACUUGUCCGAUAGGCUAUUUAUGCUGCUCGAUUAUACACAAAUGUCCAUACCCGACCAGAACAUAUAGCAAUUGCAGAAGGCUUGGAGGAUGGGUGAUACCCGCUACAAAUAACCCGAAAGGACGUGUUUGUUGCAAACUUCCAACAUGUGCGAGGAACUGCAGAUCGCACAAGGCACAAUGUGCACUCAGCCUGACAUGCAGAUACAAAAUAAAAUCGCCGAGAUGCUCCUGCCGACCAGGCCUAGUAUGCUGCAGAUACACAUGUGAGCAAGGUGGGUGCAAAGGUAAAUGCGUAAGAGGCCGCCGAUGUCCUAAAGGGAGUAGGCCGCUUAACCAGAGAAGGUGCACUUGUCCGAUAGGCUAUUUAUGCUGCUCGCGUAUACAACGAUGUCCACACCGAACUAGAACAUAUAUCAAUUGCAGACGGCUUGGAGGAUGGGUAAUACCCGCUUCAAAUAACCCGAAAGGACGUGUUUGUUGCAAACUCCCAACAUGUGCGAGGAACUGUAGAGCGUAUAAGGCGCGUUGUGCAAGCAGCCGGACAUGCAGAUACCCAAUAAGAUCACCGAGAUGCUCCUGCCGGCCCGGCCUAGUAUGCUGUAAAUACACAUGUGAGCUAAGUGGAUGCAGAGGUAAUUGCGUAAGGGGUCGCCGGUGUCCUGGAGGGAGAAGGCGGCUAAACGGGAGUAGGUGCACUUGUCCGUCAGGUUAUUUAUGCUGCUCGCGUAUCCCCAAAUGUCCAUACCCGACUGUACCGUAUGCCUUUUGCAGACGGCUUGGAGGAUGGGUAAUACCCGCUUCAGGUAACCCGAAAGGACGUGUGUGUUGCAAAUUCCCAACAUGUGCGAGGAACUGUAAAGCGCUGAAGGCACGAUGUGCACCCAAGCGGACAUGCAAAUACCCAAUUAAAACGCCGAAAUGCUCCUGCCGGCCUGGUCUAGUAUGCUGCAAAUACACAUGUGAGCUAUCUGGAUGCAAAGGUAAAUGCGUAAGAGGCCGCCGAUGUCCUAAAGGGAGUAGGCUGCUCAACCAGAGAAGGUGCACUUGUCCGAUAGGUUAUUCGUGCUGCACGCGUAUAAAAAAAUGUCCAUACCGAACUAGAACAUAUAUCAAUUGCAGACGGCUUGGAGGAUGGGUAAUACCCGCUACAGGCAACCCGAAAGGACGUGUUUGUUGCAAACUACCAACAUGUGCGAGGAACUGUAGAGCCCAAAAGGCUCGAUGUGCACCCAAGCUGACGUGCAUAUACAAACUAAAUAAGUCGAGAUGCACCUGCCGGCCCGGCCUAGUAUGCUGCAGGUACACAUGUGAGCAAGCUGGAUGCAAAGGUAUCUGCAUAAAAGGCCGCCGAUGUCCUAAAGGGAGUAGGCCGCUAAACCAGAGAAGGUGCACUUGUCCGAGAGGCUAUUUAUGCUGCACGCGUAUAAAUAAAUGUCCAUACCGAACUAGAACAUAUAUCAAUUGCAGACGGCUUGGAGGAUGGGUAAUACCCGCUACAGGAAACCCGAAAGGACGUAUCUGUUGCAAACUCCCAACAUGUGCGAGGAACUGUAGAGCGCAGAAGGCACGAUGUGCACCCAAGCGGUCAUGCAGAUAUAAAAUAAAUAAGUCGAGAUGCACCUGCCGGCCUGGCCUAGUAUGCUGCAGAUACACAUGUGAGCUACGUGGAUGCAGAGGUAUAUGUGUGAGGGGCCGCCGAUGUCCUACAGGGAGUAGGCGUAAAAAUCCCAAAUUCUGCACUUGUCCGAUAGGCUAUUCCUGCUGCACGCGUAUACCCAAAUGUCCAUACCGAACUAGAACAUAUCGCAAUUGCAGACGGCUUGGAGGAUGGGUAAUACCUGCUUCAGGUAACCCGAAAGGACAUGUUUGCUGUAAACUCCCAACUUGUGCAAGGAACUGUAGAGCCCAAAAGGCUCUAUGUGCACCCAUGCGGACGUGCAUUUACAAACUGAAGACGUCGAGAUGCACCUGCCGGCCCGGCCUAGUAUGCUGCAAAUACACAUGUGAGCUAUCUGGAUGCAGAGGUAAAUGCGUAAAAGGCCGCCGAUGUCCUAAAGGGAGUAGGCCGCUAAACCAGAGAAGGUGCACUUGUCCGAGAGGCUAUUUAUGCUGCACGCGUAUACUCAAAUGUCCAUACCCAACUAGAACAUAUCGCAAUUGCAGACGGCUUGGAGGAUGGGUAAUACCUGCUACAGGCAACCCGAAAGGACGUGUUUGUUGCAAACUCCCAACAUGUGCGAGGAACUGUAGAGCGCAGAAGGCAGGAUGUGCACCCAAGCUGACGUGCAGAUACAAACUAAAUAAGUCGAGAUGCACCUGCCGGCCAGGCCUAGUAUGCUGCAUGUACACAUGUGAGCUACGUGGAUGCAGAGGUAAAUGCGUGAGGGGCCGCCGAUGUCCUAAAGCGAGUAGGCCGCUUAACCAGAGAAGGUGCACCUGUCCGAUAGGCUAUUUAUGCUGCUCGCGUAUAAUCAAAUGUCCAUACCCAACUAGAACAUAUGCCAAUUGCAGACGGCUUGGAGGAUGGGUAAUAUCCGCUUCAGGCAACCCGAAAGGACGUGUCUGUUGCAAGCUCCCAACAUGUGCGAGGAACUGUAAACGAGACAAGGCACAAUGCGCAUCCAAGCGGUCGUGCAGAUACCCAAUAAAAUCGUCGAGAUGCUCCUGCCGGCCCGGCCUAGUGUGCUGCAAGCACUCCUGUGAGCUAUCUGGAUGCAAAGGUAAAUGCGUGAGGGGCCUCCGAUGUCCUAAAGGGAGUAGGCGGCUAAACCAGAGUAGGUGCACUUGUCCCAGAGGCUAUUUAUGCUGCACGCGUAUACGCAAAUGUCCAUACCCAACUAGAACAUAUGCCAAUUGCAGACGGCUUGGAGGAUGGGUAAUACCUGCUUCAGGUAACCCGAAAGGACGUGUUUGUUGCAGGCUCCCAACUUGUGCGAGCAACUGUAGAGCCCAAAAGGCACGUUGUGUACCCUGGCGGACAUGCAAACACAAAAUAAAUUCAUCGAGAUGCUCCUGCCGACCUGGCCUAGUGUGCUGCAAGUACACAUGUGAGUUACGUGGAUGCAAGGGUAAAUGCCAACGGGGCAGUCGAUGUCCUCCAGGCAGUAGGCGGAUAAAGAGGUCGGCGUGCACUUGCCCGCUAGGCUAUUCCUGCUGCACGCGUAUACUUAAAUGUCCAUACCCAACUAGAACAUAUGCCAGCUGCCGACGGCUUGGAGGAUGGGUAAUACCCGCUUCUGGUAACCCUAAAGGACAUGUUUGCUGCAAAUUCCCAACAUGCGCGAGAAACUGUAAGGCAUUCAAGGCACGAUGUGCACCAAGGUUAUCGUGCAGAUACAAGCUCGACAGGUUUGCGUCGAGAUGCUCAUGCAAGCCCGGCCAAGUUUGCUGCAGGUAUACUUGUGAACAAGGUGGAUGUAAAGGAAAAUGCGUGAGGGGCCCAUGCCGUGGAGGGAUGACAAGGAUGAACCCGAAUGCUUGCACUUGUCCGCUCGGCUACUCUUGCUGCAAGAUUAUUUGUCCAUAUAAACCUUGCUUGAGGGCAGCCACGUGCAGACGGUACAAAGGAUUGGUUAUUCCCGCCUGGGAUUGUGCCAGAGGCAAAGUCUGCUGCAAAGGAACAUGCCCAUGCCCACAUAAAUGCGUGUCUGCGCUCUCAUGUAAGCUAAAGAAGGGUACUCCUAUACCUUCUUCGGAUUGCCGGCGUGGUCACGUUUGUUGUCGAGGAAAAAAGUAAGCCUCCACCACAUGGCGAAUCCUCGGUCGACAGAAACGUUAAACGAAAUCAAAGACGAAAAAUGGAUGACGGCUCGAAAACAUCAAGUUUAAGAUAAAAGCACCAGUUAAAAAAGAGAGGAUAUAGACUUUCUUACUGGCUGUAGAACUCCUACCUAUAUUUAUCGAUGGUUGUGGAUGUUUCAUUGAAUUUACCAAAUAGACUACCGUAGUUAGGUUAAGAAGGAAAUGUUCACAACACGUGCAUUGUUCGUAUCGUGCGCAAAUACACACUAGAAAAUUUAUUUUGAAUAAGUUAGAGAUUGGUCCGAGAAGUUCUUAUAAAAAAGACUGUUAUCGUGCGGCCCCUUGUGGCGUAAUCAAUGACGACCGGAGUAAUCUUGAUCAGUAAACCAUGAGCCAACAGCAAGGUAUAUAAUUAUCGAAUGAGAAACCAACAUAGUGGUUGUUGAUUCGACUUUAUACCGGUUUACACCCUAGAUUGCAGGCCCACUGUCAAUUUUUUUCGCAUGACCCUUAUCGAUUAGAUAUGUCUGGAAAAUUGUUUGACAUCGACACAACAAACAAAUCGAGCAAAGGACUUCACGUUUGUCAGAAGUAGUCUUUGUUUCAACGCAACAAAAGAUUUAAUCAAGCUGGCCUGUAAUGUUACCCAAAAGGCUAGGGACCAAAUUGUGUAUUGUCAGGUCGUGAAAAUUGCGAAACAAAUGCUUGCUAUAAUUUCCCGUUUUUUUAGCAUAAUGAGCAGCACAGUGUCUAAAUUUGAAAGAUUUGCUUUAAGAAGACAAGUCAAGUGUUAUUACGUUGAGAACGAAUCGUGCUAUAUUAUAUUUUGGUAUUUUGGCCAGCAUUAUAAAGAUUUCCCGAUCACUUAAUAUUCAACUAUUUUGUCCGACUUUUUAUAGAGUCACAGCACCAUAUAUUUUGUUAUCUGACUCAUACAUUUCAGAACAAGUGUUUAUCUCAUUCAGACACAAAACUUUUCAUUUUCAAGUGACGGCUAACGUAUAUUGUGCUACAGUAUACUUUUUAUUGUAAGCAGAAGAAGUCGAGUUGUUUCCAAAUUGGACUAACUGAGUUACAUAAAAUGCAAAAGAAAUCUGAAUAUAUUUUGGAAAUCAGUUUGAAAACUUAGUUCUGAUGCAUGAUCAUGAAUGAAAAUGAAACGAACAAACACACACACACACACAAAACAGGAGUCUAUUUCAUAGUUGAUUCACUUGUUUUUCUUAGUCCGACUCUUUGUGCAAACAUUAUUCCUUCUUUUCCUAUUUUUUGUUUUAUCAUUCUCUGUUCCCAUCUCUACCUGUAGGAUGCAUAAAAAAAACGGCAUUUUACUUCUAUUCAUGUUCAGGAACUAGUCAAAUAUUGUGUUUCAAAAACAAGGAAUAUAGGUCAAUCGUAGGUUUCUUAUGAUCAAAAAAAAUUAAAAUCAUUUCACCUAUCUUUCAAAGCGUUUGGUCAAUACCAUGUUCUUCAGUAAGCUUAUCGACGAGGUUAUUUUUUUGCGACAGAACUAAGCUUGAAAGUUUCACUACCGUGCACGAAAAGCAAUCAGAGUUAUCAACAAUUGAAAUUCGAAGCAUUUUAUUGUAAAGUGUUGUAUGUAAUUCAUUUCGUUUCGUCUCUGUUACAAUAAUGAACAAAUAAAAAAAAAUGAGUAAAUGCCAAA